AUGGAGGGCGGUUGUUGUUGUCGUUUGCCUUCAAGUCGCUUCUCACUUAUGGGAUCCCUAAUGUAGACCUGCCCUGGGUCCCUCAGAAAAAGGGGUUGCCAUGGCCAUCCUCCGAGGCUGAGAGAGUGUGACUCCUUGCCUGUUGUACUCUCCAUCACCAAAGGCCAGCGCAAGGGCUGGAGGGCGAGGGAAGCAGGCCAGACAGUGUUUCCCUGCGUCCUGAUCCCCAUUCAGGCAGGGACCCCACGGAGUGACCUUUGUUGAGGCAGAAGCCCUUGUCCCUCAGCCUAACAGCCCUCACAGGGUUAUGGGGAACCUGGAUUGAGUCAUGCGCCCCGACUGAGUCUGGGAGAAAGGGGGAUGUCAAAGUGUAACCAUAUGCCAUAGAUAUACUCAACCUCAGGUAUAAGUCAAGGACAAGUUUUGGGACCCAUGGAUAAGUCAAGAGUAAAACCUAGGGACAUAUAGCAAAAGAUCCAAAGUAUGAAGCAAACCAAAGCAGUGUCAAAGAUCUUACGCAACUCCAGCAGACGUAGCUCUUUGUGUUUAGUUUUAAGGCUGGAUGGAUGAGAGAGUAGAGAGUAUUGGUGCUUCCAGGACAGAUUAUACGAUUGCCUUGCACCUUACUCCUUUUAAAGAAGAGUGAAGAUUCAAUACUUCAGUCCUUGCCUUGACCUCUGGAUGUGUCGGCUCAGGCUUUUGGGCCCACUAACAAAGGUGAAGCUGAUAAAUGAACUGAAUGAACGUGAAGCACAGCUUGGCGUGCAAGAGAAGGUCUCCUGGCAUGCGGAAUACAGCGACAGCGCCUGGGUGUUUGUGGGAGGACUGCCCUAUGAGCUGACAGAAGGCGACAUUAUCUGUGUGUUUUCACAAUAUGGGGAAAUUGUGAACAUCAACCUGGUCCGUGACAAAAAGACAGGGAAAUCCAAAGGUUUCUGCUUCAUUUGCUAUGAAGAUCAGCGAAGUACUAUCCUUGCAGUUGAUAAUUUCAAUGGAAUAAAGAUAAAAGGAAGGACUAUUCGUGUGGACCAUGUGGCUAACUAUCGUCCACCAAAAGACACUGAGGAUAUUGAUGAUAUUACAAAAACACUGCGAGAGAAAGGAUGUGGCGUUAAAACACCUCCUCCGAGUUCCUCUGAAUCUUGUGAAGAAAAUGAGGUGGAGGUGAAGAAACACAAAAAAGAGAAAAACAAGAAGAAAAAGAAAGAAAAGAGGGAGCAUCGAAAAAGUGUGAAAGAAGAACCACUUGCAGAUGUGCCAUCUCCGAAAACCAGAAUCAAAGUGGAAAAGGAAGACCCAGGCUAUGAACGCCAUGUUAGUGCAAAUCAGCAGAACUGGAGCAGCAUAUCUGGGCACAAACACUCAAGUCAUGUGCACCAUGAACAGGAACCCAAGUACAAGCGUCUGAGAGAGAGGUCUCGAGAAAGAGGCACAGACAGGGGCAGGCAAGACCCACAAACAUCUUACAGUGAAGAGAAGCACAAGAGAGUAGAUGCCCCAAAAGAGAAGCUUCAAGCUGCUGACAGUAGAAGGUCUCGAGACCAAAGGGAGGGCAGAGAGAAGUCUUCUAAGGAGAAGAAGGGCUCCAGCUCCUACUAAGCCACCUGGCCUGCUCUGCCUUUGCAAACAGGAAGGGACACAGAGGUCAUGGUGGCCUUAACUACACAGUUUGGUGGGAGGGAGAAAUAGAGGACUGCUGACUGGUCUAAAUCCUUAAUGGUGAAAGUAUGUAGUUGGCUCUUGGGCUGGACUUUGUCUCCUCAGAAGAGAGGCAUGGAGAGCAAAGCCAGGUGGUAGGACAUGUGCAUCUGACUGAACAUCUCCUUAAUUUUAUACAUAAAACAAUGCCAUAGUUUUCA